AUGGCGAAUCUGGAGUCACCCUAUGUGAUAGGAUCCUUUGUCCAACUACUCAAUGCCGACAACAUCAACUUCGAAAGUACUGGAAGGGAUUCACAUACUGACCUUUCGAACAAAAUAUCGCGCUUGGCUAAGAUUCUUGCUCAACCGGGAUGGGUACAACUUCAAUUCAGUCCGUUGCCAUUAUCGGCGCUGGUGCAGCAGAAAUCUGCUCAUAUUGAAGAAGGAGCCGCGGCCGCCGCGGCCUUUGCAGCGGAGAAAUGCUUCAGUCGCAUCCGAGUGUUCGAAAGGCGAGAAGCGCCCGGGGGAACAUGGAUAUACGAUCCUGACCCAGGACCCGGCCUCAAUCUUUCGCCUGGUGGCAUCCCGCCGCUGAUCGACCCUCCCUUAGAAAUUCCCGAUGCACUUCCAAGAGCGACCUCUCCCAAUUCCCAAGAACGGUAUGACAGAACGCCAAUAUAUGACAGCCUGACGACCAAUGUUCCAGAUAUUGCGAUGUCAUUCUCAGACAACAGGUUCCCAUAUGGCCCCUUUCCACCUCACUGGGUACCAAGGCAAUACAUCGCGAACUAUUUCUCACUUCACCGAACAGACUCAUUUCUUGUUUUGAACACUACGGUGGAAGAUCUGUCCAGAUUGUCAGGAAAGGAAGGGUGGAAGCUCACACUUCGGCGAAGAGAUUCGGUCCGGCACGUGGAUGUCUGGUGGGAAGAAGAGUUCGACGCCGUGGUCAUUGCAAAUGGGCACUAUUCCGUACCAUACGUCCCACGAGUGGACGGUCUUGACAAAUAUAUCCGGUUGUUCCCAGAAAAGGUAAUGCACUCCAAAUCUUACCGCAAUCCACAGGCCCAUCAGGGCAAAAGAGUCCUCGUCAUCGGCAACUCUGCAUCUGGCCAUGACAUCACGGCAGCGCUUGUCGAAUCAGCACAGCUCCCCGUCUAUCAGUCUCGAAGGUCGCCUUCUCGGUGGGACGGUGACAAGCCACCCUCAGGGAUUGAAUGGAAACCCAUUGUGAGCGAGUAUCUGCCAACAGGAGACAUCGUAUUCGAGGAUGGAUCGGUUCUCUCCGACAUUGACGCUGUCAUCUACUGCACAGGUUACAAGGCCUCUUUUCCCUUUUGGAACGUCCAAGCCAAUGGUGGGCCCCUCUGGGACUAUGCGGAGAAUCGUCUCGUCGGUAGCUACUGGCACACAUUCCUCCGAGAUUUUCCAACGGUGGGCAUUGUCGGGGUCCCUCGCGUUCUCACGUUCCGCUCCUUCGAGUACCAGGCCAUCGCACUCGCGCGGAUAUUCGCGGGCAGGAGUGCCCUCCCGCUCCCGCCACGGGAGGCACAGGAGAGAUGGGAGCGGGAGAGGUGGAAACUUGUCAGCCGGGAGGGACGAAAGUUUCAUGAUAUCCCCUGGGAUAACGGGGAGACCAUGGACUGGCUCCGGGGCCUCUUCGACCUGGCCGGUCUACCCUUGCUCGAGGACCGUGGGAGGUGCCCACCCGUGCUUGGGGAUGAGACGAGAUGGGCCAUCGAGCAUCUGAAGAAGUAUCCCGAACCUGGCAACGAGAGCCGAGAUGAGGAGGAGGGCUGGACGGUACUUGGUGGAGGCGCGGGACUUGAUAGUCUGCACUUCAUAUGA